GUCAGACGCAGUGCAAGGCCGGGCCAGGGGAGGAAAACAAGGGCAGGGUCGCCCGGCCGGCCAGCAGCACUCUGCAGCACGCUCAGAGAGAGGGGGGUUGGGCGGGACAGUAAGAGGAAUGGCCAGAGAGUGUACGAAGAAGGGGAGAGCGGAUAUAGAGAGAGGAUUCGGGGUCAGAAGUGGACACGAAGGGAAGAGGAGAGAGUGAAGAUGAUUGAGAGGUGUGAAGUGGAUGCAGGAAAGGGAGCGGUUGGAAAUGUGAAUGUAUCUUGCUGUUCAGUGAGGUUAAACAGAGCAGUAUAGCCUAAACUUGGGACCAACAUUUCUAUUGUUGUCUAUGAACACAAUCCACACAAUUCAGCGUGUGCUUGUCCCUGUGCUGGGGGUUUAGUGACUGUACUGUACUGCACUGUGUGCUGUGCUGUACUAUUAGAGCAAGAGGAAUAGAGCAGGCAGCAGCAGCAGGAUGAACGCAGGAUGACCCAUUUCCCCCGAGGCUCUAAAUCACUACAUCAUCGUCAGUCUCUCCUCACACUGGAACAGAUGAGAUUUCCCUCCUAUCAAAUGCUAUGAAGGGAGACUCGAGUAGCUACUAGUGCUGAGCGAUUUCAGUGAAUUAUUAUUAAAAUAACUAAUUGACCAAGUCAGUUCAAUUAUUAGAAUGUGUAAGUUCAAUGUACAGUUUCUCUAGAGAUAAAUCAGAUCCAGCUUGAACUGUGUGGUGUAGUUGGGAGUUGUAGUUUCCAACAGGCCAAUAUUCUACAUAGUUUAGAGCAUAAAAUGUGAUAAUUAACUACAAUGACCAUAAUCCAUUGCACAUCUACUUGUCCAGUCUCUGGAUCUUUUAAUGCCUGCUACUGAAGAGACAAGAAUGCGAGAUCAUGAGGGGAUAUAGAGAGCAUCUGUUGCUUCGCGAGGUAUCUCGACCUGCAAAUACAUGAUCAAAGUGAUUGAUAGUUGGUAUUCAGCAGUCAUAAAAGUAUGCCUUAUUUACUUUGAAGAACUACAAUAUAGUGAUUUUGUCAGACAGCAUAGGCAGCAGCUCUAUAGAGAUGAGAUGAUGACUUGGAAUUAAAUAAUAGUCAUCAAAUAAUACAAAUGUAAUAUACACAACUGAAAUAUUUUAUUAAAGUAAUGUAAAUAAAUUAUUUAAUAAGUGAUAAGCACUAAUGGGCAGUCACUACCAUCAUGGGACUUGUAUUGUUUUAUUCUGUUAUAGCAGGGGUGUCAAACGUCCGGCCCGCGGGCCGGAUCAGGCCCGCAAACGGGUUUAAUCCGGCCCGCGAGAUGAUAAAAAAAAAAAAAAAAAUAUAUAUAUAUAUUAUACUAAUUUUGUAAAGUAUAAAAAUGCGCUGCAAUUUUUCAAUAAAAUAAACUGCUGUUCCAAUUGCGUCCACUGGAUGGCGCAAUAGCAAUUGUGUUAAGCAAGCAAACUGUUUAUACCGGGGCAGAGCAAGUAGGUCAAGCACGUGCAGCCAAUGAGCUACUUUGUUUUGCCCGCGAUAUUUAUUACGGCUUCUACUUUUAACAUUAUGUGCUUUGGCACCCUCAUUGCCCCAAUAUGUCUCUGUCAAAAAAGAGAAAAGUGGACGCAGAGUGUUCCAAGAAAAAUGGUCAUCCUAUUUAUUCACGGAAUUGAAUGGGAAAGCUGUAUGUUUGGUGUGUUCAGAGCAUGUUGCAGUGCUGAAAGAAUAUAACCUUCGUCGCCACUAUGUGAGUCUUCAUGCCGACAAAUAUGGCAACUUUCAAGGACAGCGGAGAUGAGAGAAGGUGAAUGAACUGUUGGCGGGUCUGAAGAAACAGCAGUCUGUGUUUACUCACAGCCGAGACAUCAGUGACGCUGCAGUGAAAGCUAGCUACCUCAUUGCUAAUGAAAUCGCAGUGGCUUCAAAACCAUUUAGUGAGGGUGAAUUUGUAAAAACAUGCAUGAUGAAGGCAGCGGAGAUUGUGUGCCCUGAAAAGCGGCAGGCUUUUGCAAAUAUCAGCCUGACAAGAAACACAGUUGCAGACAGGAUUUCCGAUCUUUCAGUGGAUUUGGACAGCCAGUUGAAGCAAAAAGUAAAGUCAUUUAUUGCGUUUUCGGUUGCAAUUGAUGAAAGCACGGACAUUACAGAUGUUGCACAACUGGCCAUUUUCAUCCGCGGAGUUGAUGACACAUUGACCGUCACCGAGGAGUUCGUGGAGUUGGUGCCGAUGACAGAUACAACGACAGCAGCUGAUAUUUUUACCGCACUCGUCGGCGCGCUGGACAGGGUCGGAGUGGACUGGUCCCGCACUGUCAGCCUGGCUACAGAUGGUGCGCCCUCAAUGAUCGGGAAAAAAGCAGGCGUUGUGACAAAGUUCAGAGAGAAAGUGCAAUCUGCAAAUGGAGGACGUGAUUUUUUGACUUUUCACUUUAUUUUGCACCAGGAGGCUUUGUGUUGCAAGUCAUUAAAGAUGGAUAACGUCAUGAAGGUGGUCAUCCAAACUGUUAAUUUCAUCCGAUCCAGAAGCCUCAGUUUGACAGCCUUCUCAGAGAGAAAGACCACAUCUAUGGCCUACCAUACCACACUGAGGUAAGAUGGUUAAGCCGAGGUGCUGUGCUGAGGCGUUUCUUUGAUUUACGAGAAGAAAUUGAACAGUUCAUGGAAGAAAAGGGCAAACCAGUGUUAGAAUUUCAUUCCGCAGAAUGGAUGCAGGACCUUGCAUUUAUGGUGGAUGUUACAGAGCACCUGAAUAACUUGAACAAACAGCUGCAAGGGCGCAACAAAGUUGUCACGCAGUAUUAUGACAGCAUACGUUCUUUCAAGUUGAAGCUGUCAUUGUGGGAGACGCAACUUGCCGGUGGUGAUGCAGCUCACUUCCUCUGUCUGAAAAAUGUGUGCGCGACCCAACAUGUGGCAGACAUGAAGCUGUUCAAAGAUAAAAUAACGGGACUGUUACGGGAGUUUGAGCAACGCUUUCAGAUUUAUGUUUAUAUGUUUUUAUGUUGAUGUGCUAUUGAUUUUAUUUUAUUUGUAUAUUUAACCUAUUCUUGACUCUGUGGUUCUUGCACUUGUUUGGGGAACAGGAUUUCAUUAUUUUUAUCUACAUUUCUGCCUGAGAAAUGACACCCUGAUAUAGUUCUGUGAUCUGUGAAACAGUUCUGUGAAUCACUGAGGCAUUGUGUGUUUGUGUGUUCUUUGUCCUCAGAACUUUCAAAUAACUUGAGGUGUUUUAUGAUUAAUAGUGAUGUUGUGCUUUUGGACACUGUCCUCAGGCUCCAGCUUUAUGUUUAUAUGUUUUUAUGUUGAUGUGCUAUUGUUUUUAAUUGAUUUUAUUUUAUUUGUAUAUUUAACCUAUUCUUGACUCUGUGGUUCUUGCACUUGUUUGGGGAACAGGAUUUCAUUAUUUUUAUCUACAUUUCUGCCUGAGAAAUGACACCCUGAUAUAGUUCUGUGAUCUGUGAAACAGUUCUGUUAAUCACUGAGGCAUUGUGUGUUUGUGUUCUUUUUCUUUAGAAUUUUCAAAUAAACUUGACGUGUUUUAUGAUUAAUAGUGAUGUUGUGCUUGUACUAUUUUAGACACACUGUCCUCAGGCUCCAGCUUUAUGUUGUAUGUUGAUCGUAUUAAAACAAAGAAAACAAUCUGAAGUUGUUGUUUUUAAGUUAUAUAUACCAUGAUUUUUCCGGUCCGGCCCACUUGGGAAUAGAUUUUCCUCCAUGUGGCCCCUGAGCUAAAAUGAGUUUGACACCCCUGUGUUAUAGCAUUCAACCCAGAUAAUCAAAACCGAAAUCGAAAACCUAUUUUUUUUAUUUUUAUAACUGAACCAACCUCAAAAAGCACUAAUCACUCAGCACUACUAGCUACCUCCAGCAUACUAUCUGAAAUUGCCUUUGCUAUUUUUAUUUUUUAAUUGAAAUAUGAAUAGAGGGAUUAUAGUAGUAGUUAGUGUAUGGAAUAAUCGUUUUAAUGGACUAACCAAUUGGAUGAGACGCCCAAAGAAGGGACCUUUUCUAAGUUCUAACAUAAUAGAGUUAGCCAUGUCAGUCUGGUUACAGUGCAUCUCUGUCUUGUCUACCCAGGUGCUGAUAUGCGCUGAGGAUGAGUGAAGUGGGAGACAACUCACUGGAGCCCAUGUGCUCCGAACAGAAACGCAAGAUCUCCACCUGUGAUACACCAGGCAUGGGGUGAGUCACUGUUGGAAGCUGUGUCUGUCUGUCUCCAUCUUCCUUUCUGUCGAUCUUUGUGUGUGACACUGCCUGUGUCCUUUUCACUCUAGCCUCUGUUAAAUUCCCUCUACUCGGCUUCAAUAUCUGUUUUUCCAUGUAGAAGAUUUCUGUGAUGUCAGCAUCUUGACUCCAGUAUACAGCAGGUCAUUAUGGAGGGAGAGGUGUGGUUGUCAUGGUGACAUAUCUGACCGUAUCUCCUAUUCCCCCCCACUCCCUGUCCCUGCAGAUGUGACAAGCGCAGGAGGGAGCAGGAGAGUAACUACAUGGAGGAGCUGGCCGAGCUGAUCUCUGCCAACCUCAGCAACAUGGACAGCUUCAACGUGAAGCCAGACAAAUGUGCCAUCCUCAAGGAGACCGUCCGGCAGAUCAGACAGAUCAAAGGGCAAGGUACCAGCUCCCUAAUGCUAACAUGCAAAUGCUAACAGUCAUCUUAAUAUCAGCACGUUAUCGCCUUUGGAUUUAGCAAAAAAAGGAGGUAGAUGUAGGAGAACAUGAUUUGGCAUUCGUGAAUCCUUGCUGUAGUAUUAGCUCAGUGCAUGGUUGCAUGGUCAGAGGAUGCCAGUGCCAAACAGGGCUGUAGAGACUAGGUGGUGGGCUCAUGGCCGGGUGGCCUGCCUGGCCUCGGUGUUUGUGUUUGGGGGAAAUUAACACCAGUAGUUGAGUCGUGGUGGUGAUGGCUCAAGGCUGUGGUGCUCCAGGCUCAUCUGUCUGUUUGCACUUGAGUGGCAGGCCCAGCCUGGGUGACGGAUGGGACUGGAGGAGAGCAGGGCGGGAGGGUUAGGGCUGGGACAGGGGAGGGAUUCCAACCCCAUAAAUCACUCCCCCCCCCCCCCCCCCCGCUCAUUUCCCCUUUAUGGCUCUGAAGUGGUUGGAUCGGUGUAAGCCGUAUUAACUCCACCCAGCCUUCUGGUGGGUUAUGUGCAUCUUAUAGUUAUGUAGUCCACUCAGAUCAGUGAAGAGGAAGGGAGGAAGGGAGGAUGGGAGGAAGGAAGGAGGAAGGAAGGAAGUUAUUGGAUUGGAAGCCACCACAGGGCCACAGCUGGCUGCUGCUGCUUCUAGCUUUGUACAGCCAGGUUCCCAUAGUUACAGGAAGUGAAUGAUGAAGGCCAUCCUUCUUUCACUGUGACCUUUUAACCCCCUACCUAUCUCUUGCUCUUUCUUUCACCUAUUCCUUUAAUCCUUAAGUCAUCUCAUUUAGGCAUUAUCUUCCCUUACAUUAGUGUUAGCCUUGAAGCAGCCUUUAAAAUCAGAAGCAUUUUUUUUUUUUCAUUCUCUUCCUUGCAACUGAAUCUAUUCACUCAGAAUGUGUCGGACUCGUAACUAUAUCAUGAUUUAAAAUGGAAUUAUAUUUUUAGAACUGUAAAAACAUUGGUAAUGCUGCCUCCUGGUGGCAGACAGUAACAGUCAUCUUACAGUGACAAAUGGUUGUCUGGAUCACUGGCGUCUCUGUCUUUUAUGCAAAUGUUGGGCUCCAGUAAAACUGUUUUGCAGAUGUAAUGUUUCUCAUUUCUCCUCACAAUUCCACAAUGGAUAUCAUGCUGGUUGUUUACAGAGGGUGUACAUGUGCUGCUAUGUGUUGCAUUAUUACUAGAUUGACCUUAUCUACUGUGAAGUGACUUGGGGUCCUUGUCCCUCUGCAGGGAAGAGCUCGUGCAGCGAUGACGACGUCCAGAAGGCAGAUGUGUCGUCCACCGGUCAGGGGGUCAUUGACAAGGACCAUCUGGGACCGCUGCUGCUACAGGUUAGCCUGAGGAUGGGGGGGGGGUCAAAGGGCAGUGGAAUUAGGUUCACCUCCUUAUGUUGAAUGGGGGACAUACAAGACUGAGCAGCUGGUCACACACAUUUAGUAUAGAUAAUAGAAUUCUGUGUGUCAAUAACUAUCUCCUCUUGUUCCUCCCCCUCUGUCCUCUGGCUCAGGCCCUGGAUGGCUUCCUGUUUGUGGUGAACCGGGAGGGCAGUAUCGUGUUUGUGUCUGACAACGUGACUCAGUUCCUUCAGUACAAACAGGAGGAGCUCAUCAACACCUCCAUCUACAACAUCCUCCAUGAGGACGACCGGGAGGAGCUGCACAAGAACCUGCCCAAGACCAACGGUACGCAGAGACACGUGCGCACACACACAACUGCAGUCACAAUAACACAUAUGCCAUUAGACUUUUAUUUAGUGGCACUGCAGAACGGUAAUCUUCCCAACCUACAGCAUGAAAGCAAUUAUUGUGUCCCCUUGUCUCUUCCAGCACCCAACGGUGGGUCAUGGGGAGGAGAGGCACCGCGUCAGAAGAGCCACACCUUUAACUGUCGUAUGCUGGUGAAGUACGGUCACGGGCAGAACCAUCAGAACCAUGGUCCGUCUGAGGGGCCCAACAGGCAGCACUACGAGACCAUGCAGUGCUUUCGCCCUGACCCAACCCCGUGCCAUGAUGGAGGAGGGAGAAGGUAGGGGUCUAAGGGCAGGAAGUCCUCCUCAGUCAUGUGUCACGGUUAGAUGUGUAAUUUCUAUUUAUGAUGCAGACUUGCUGUGCUCUUCACAUUGAGUUGCUGUAAAUUGAUUAUGGGAAGCCUGAUAUAGGUUCAUUAGAGAAGGAUUGUGUGUGUGUGUUCAGACCUGCAGUCGUGUAUGAUCUGUGUGGCCCGGCGCGUCACUGCAGUGGAGAGGACCGAGCAGUUCAGCACCCGCCAUGAGCUCUCAGGUGAGAUGACUGUAAACACAUUGCAUUCACGUCUUCAUUCUCUAUUCAUAUGCUCUCUCCAUUCAUUCUGAGUAACAUAACACACUCUCAAACUGUUGCGGGAUUGUCGAUUGAUCUGCAAAAAUGUAGGAUUAUACAGUUUAGUUUGACUACAUUAUAACAUUGAGAUACAACAUUUGUUGAUCAAAAUUAAAUAAGAAUAUAAUUGCCAUGUAUGUGACCCCUGCCCUUUGUGUGGUUGUGUUGUCUGAUAGGUCAACUGAUAGAGAUAGAACAACAGAGUUCUCUCCACACCACCAUGCGGCCAGGCUGGGAGGAUCUGGUCAGGCGCUGCAUGCAGAUGUUCCUCCAUCGUACUGAGGGCCAUCCCUGGUCCUACAAACGCCACUACCAUGAGGGUACGCCUCUCUCUGCUAAACUCUCCUCUCUGGCUCCAUGCUCCCUGCUAUAUCACCAUGUCUUCUCGCCAAUGUCUCACGUUGUUACUCUGCUGUAAAUGCACAAGUACAAUGCAUCUCUGCUCCUAACCAAGGCUACUACUAGGUGAUAAGCAUGUUGGUCGGUCAGUCUCAUUUUCUCAGUCUUCAUAGUUUUCUCCCUCUGUCCUCUCCAGCCUUCCUGCAUGGCCGUGCCGAGACGCCAUCUUACCGGUUCUCUCUCUCCGACGGCACCCCGGUCACUGCUCAGACCAGGAGCGAGCUAUGUCGUAGCCACGCUUCCAAUGAGCCACCCACCUUCCUCUCUACCCAUCUGCUACAGAGGUUAGUCUGUCAGCUUGGAGCGCCCAGAGCCAUGGCAUCAUUAUCACCCACUCAGUGUAGGAUUUUACUGUUUUCUUUGCCCAAUCGUAGUAGAUAAGAUUGAACUGAGGUUUUUACUGUAGAUGUAAGUAGAGUUUAGUGUUUAAUCACCAUGUUCCACUCCUGACCCCUCAUUCUCUCUCUCUCUGUCAGGGAGCAGAAUGGCUACCAAACCAACCAGGGGGGAGUGAUGAGGCCCCAGGGCAUGGGCAUCACCAACCCCAAUGCCCAGAUGAACAUGGCUCCUGGAGGGGGCAGGGGUGGCAUGAACAGGGGCUAUGGCAUGGGGGCAGAGCAGGGGCACAUGGGACAGAGAGGCGGCCCCUCGUACACAGGGGGCAACGGGAUGAACUCCAUGAAUCAGAUGAACUCAAUGCAUCAGAUGACUCAAAUGAACCGCUCAAUGCAUCAAAUGAACUCUCAGACGAAUUCAAUGGGUCAACCAAUGAACAACAUGAGUCAGAUGAAUUCCAUGAAUCAAAUCAACUCCAUACGUCCAAUGAACUCUCGGAUGAAUUCCAUGAACCAGAUGAAUUCUAUGAGUCGGAUGAACCAGAUGAAUCAAAUGAACCAGAGGAAUCAGAUGAACCACCCUGGAAUGCAGCAUCCACAGCAUCAGCAACAGCAGGCCCCGUUCCAUGGAGCGGGAUACGGCAUGGGGGGCAUGACCAGCCCCCCCCAGAGCAGUCCAGGGAUUAACGCCCCCCAGCAGAACAUCAUGGGCUCCCCUAGAGUAAGGGGGAGCCCCAAAAUGGGCGCUAGCCCCUUCUCCCCAGGAGGUAUGCACUCUCCCAUGAGCUCGGGUCACCCAGGUGGUCCUGGAGGCGCAGGAGGGAGCACCAGUUUCUCCAGCAGCUCCCUGAGCGCCCUCCAGGCCAUCAGUGAGGGGGUGGGCACCUCUCUAUCCUCAGCCCUCCCCUCGCCCCUCAACUCUCCCCCUGCACACAAGCCUGACAGCUCCCCCAGUGUCAACUCCACCCAGCAGGGACAGAGCCAGGGGCAGUGCCAUGGUGGGCCUUGUAAACCAGGCAGUUCAGACUCCAAGAGCCCGGGCAACUCUCUGGCCAGUGGGGGAGCGCAGCAGCAAACCCCAGACAAGCCAGACAGCCAGGCCAGCAGGGAGGGCCCAGCCGGGGGAGAAGCCAACCGACGGGACCCAGACAACAAGGGGGGCCACAAGAAGCUCCUGCAGCUCCUCACCUCCCCUACGGAGGAGCUAGUGCCCCCUAACCCCCAGGCCGGCCCUGGCACCACCCCCAUGGGCUCUGAGUCCAAAGAGUGCAUAGGGGGUUUGACCGGCCCCUCCGCCACAGGCGUGUCCUCCUCCACGGCUGCAGUGGGACAGCAGGGCCUAGGAGCAGGGGCUGCAGCAGCACACUUUGCCAACCAGUCCCUGCAGGAGAAGCACAAGAUCCUCCAUAAGCUGCUGCAGAAUGGGAACACCCCAGACGAGGUGGCCCGCAUCACAGCCGAGGCCACAGGGAAGGUCACAGAUGGUGGGGGUCCAGAGGCUGGGCCAGUAGAUCCAGGAGAGGGACCAGGGGCGAGGGGGGCUGAGGUGAAGCAUGAACAGCACAGCCCCAAGAAGGAAAAGACCCACGCCCUCCUCCACUACCUCCUCAACAAAGAUGACUCCAAAGGGGCAAGGGGUGAUGUCAAACCAAAGCUGGAAGGCAGGGGAGCCCAGGGAGCAUCCUCAGGGGUCACGACCUCUGAACCCAACCCCAUUGUGGAGCAGGUCAAGACUGAACCACCUGAUGAGGUAGGAAGGGACGUUGUACCUACAGUCAGGGCUCUAAAGUGCAACCAAUUUGAUCACAUAUGCAACAACAUAUUUUGCUGUGCGACCUGGAGUUUUAAUUUUACAUUCAUAAACCAUGUCGCGGGCAGUUCUAACAACCCCGUAACUUUACCAGUAUAUCCAAACAUUUGCGGCCACAAAAAGUAAAGGGAUAGCUUCUUCUGGAGAUCAAUGAUCAUAGCAUUGAAUGAAUGACAGGUGUCUUGCAUGUAGUCAUCAAAAACUUGACGCUCUUAAAGAGACUUGUACAAUUUUCAUUGUAAUGCAUCUCAAUAGGAAAAUAGUGCUUUUACAUAAUGUAGAAACCUAAUAUUCCACACAUGACUUUCUAAUUUCAAUUACCGGUAUUUGUAUCAACAUUUUAGCUUUUUAUAAUAAACCAAUGCACAACGUAAUUCAGAAGUAGCUAGAAUUCAUAUAGGCUGCUGUAUAUCUCAUUUGAUAAAAAAAAAACAUUUUCUGGUGCCCCUACAUUUUAUGUUGUGCUCCUAACUUUUUAAAGUUGUGAGCAUCAGUGUGUAUAAUAAUGUGUGCCCUGCCUACGGUUAAUUACUUUAUAUUAUUUAUUCAGCAAAGAGCAGCUUGUUAACUGAUUCCACUGUUAAUUAACAGUAACGUGUGUUUUUUUUCCCAGUUGGAAACCCUGGAGACAAUUCUCGGAGGCCGCAAGAACUCCAGCUCUGGGUUUAAUCCCGAACCGGACUCCAGAGCAGGAAACGAAGGGGGAAACCAGCAGGGAAAUGGCCCAGACAGUUUGCAUGGUAUACUAGCAUGAGUGGAUUCUAAUUUAAAUUAUGAAUAGAUCAGUCCAGAAGUGCUAAUAUGUUGGCCAUUAAUUGACUGUUAUGCAGCAAACCAGACAUCCUUACUAUACAUAUAAUGUUUGUCGUUGGCCUGUACUGACCCUUCCGCUGUGUGUUCCAGGUGGGGAGAGAGGAGCCAUGCUGCCUGCCCGGCGUGGACCUCUCCAGCGGGCACUGUCAGUGGAUGCUAAACCCCUGGGUGGUGGUGGAUGCCUGGCGGGGAGGAGGAACGUCCCCUGCCCCACGCUCAUCAAACAGGAAAACAUGGAGGCCCCCAUCCGGCCAGGCAUGACCAGCGGCUUCCCUGUACCAGGAGGCAUGGGUGUGUGUCCACCACGGGGCGGUGCUGCCACAAGUAACUACUCCCAGCUGACUGGAACAGUGUAAAGACUACAGUUAGAAGACUAUGUCUAGUUCAUGGAUAAUAACUGCACUGUUUGUGUGUUCCCCUGGAGGAAUGAACAGGGGUAUUGGGAUGCCACAGCGACCUCCCAUGGCAGGGCAAGGUGACUGGGGGAUGCCCAGGUCCAGUGGAAGUCCUGUGGGUGUGCCAGGACACCCCUCAAUGGGCCGGCCAGGGAUGGACUUCAACUCCAAGGGCAUGAUGAGAUGCCCCAUUGUCAACAGGUCCAACAGUUUACCUGGCAGCACCAGGUCUAUGCUGCAGCAGCAACUCAUAGAAAUGGGUAUGUACUGAAGUGUGUCUGUGUGAAUAUUACCAACUAUAUGUGUGUUUGAUUGGUUCAUGCUGAAUUCUACUGCCUCUAUAGGUUCCAGUGAGGUGAAUAUGGGGAUGAGUCCCUUCAGUGGGCAGGGUCCUCCACCUCAGUCCCCCUCCUGGCCUGACAGUGCAAUGGGAAUGGACGGACCACCCAUUAACACAAAUAGGUGAAUAACCAUCUUCAUCUCACACACACACACACUCUCAUCUGUUCGCUCUGUCUCCUAUUAACCCACACAUCAUUAACACGUAGUGUGAAGUACGUUGGCUCCUCUUUAUACAACUAGUGCCUGCACUGAUCCCCCCCCCCCCCUCCCCUUGUUGUGUACCAGGCGUCAGUUUGGGAACCCCCUGGAUGAGCUCCUGGUGCCGCCCUCCACCAGCCAGGGGCAGAGUGAUGAGCUGGCGCUGCUGGACCAGCUGGACUCUCUGCUCAACAACACUGACGUCAUCGCCCUUGAGGAGAUUGACCGGGCCCUGGGCAUCCCCGACCUCGUAGGACAGGUACCUUAUGAGGACAUUCGGAUAACAUGGAGCGUCCUCUAUUUACGGCCCCUAUAAACCAUGUGACAAGAACUACACUGUUAUAUUGACUAUGUCUGACCUCUCUCCCACACAGAGUCCUGGUCGAGAGCAGCAGCCACAGCCAGGUCCGGGGCAGAGGUCCCCAUCAGAGCCCUUCCCUGGCCCAGGACCAGACAGCUCCAUGGAGAUGGAGCAGAAGCCCAUGUAUGUCCAGGGGUAUCCAGGACCCCCCUCCAUGGGCAUGCAGUCAGCCUAUGGGGCCAACCCCAUGCAGGGCCAGUCCUCUGCUGGCUUCAACCCCAUGAACCAGAUGGGGGGUCAGGUAGGCUCAGGGGGCUUCCCUGGCAUUGGGGGCAUGGGUCACCCCCGCGCCACCAUGAUGAGACCCCGCAUGAUGAGCGCCACCAAGCCCCUCAGACUGCAGCUACAGCAGAGACUACAGGGCCAGCAGGUAUUAGCAUGACACACAUGACUUCGAAGUUGCAGAAGAGGCUAUAUUUGAUUGUGAUAGAUAGGUCUAGAUAUAGAAGCACAUAUAAAAGCAGGCAGGUGGGUGACCUACAGUGGGGGAAAAAAGUAUUUAGUCAGCCACCAAUUGUGCAAGUUCUCCCACUUAAAAAGAUGAGAGAGGCCUGUAAUUUUCAUCAUAGGUACACGUCAACUAUGACAGACAAAUUGAGGAAAAAAAAUCCAGAAAAUCACAUUGUAGGAUUUUUAAUGAAUUUAUUUGCAAAUUAUGGUGGAAAAUAAGUAUUUGGUAACCUACAAACAAGCAAGAUUUCUGUCUCUCACAGACCUGUAACUUCUUCUUUAAGAGGCUCCUCUGUCCUCCACUCGUUACCUGUAUUAAUGGCACCUGUUUGAACUUGUUAUCAGUAUAAAAGACACCUGUCCACAACCUCAGUCACACUCCAAACUCCGCUAUGGCCAAGACCAAAGAGCUGUCAAAGGACACCAGAAACAAAAUUGUAGACCUGCACCAGGCUGGGAAGACUGAAUCUGCAAUAGGUAAGCAGCUUGGUUUGAAGAAAUCAACUGUGGGAGCAAUUAUUAGGAAAUGGAAGACAUACAAGACCACUGAUAAUUUCCCUCGAUCUGGGGCUCCACGCAAGAUCUCACCCCGUGGGGUCAAAAUGAUCACAAGAACGGUGAGCAAAAAUCCCAGAACCACACGGGGGGAUCUAGUGAAUGACCUGCAGAGAGCUGGGACCAAAGUAACAAAGGCUACCAUCAGUAACACACUAUGCCGCCAGGGACUCAAAUCCUGCAGUGCCAGACGUGUCCCCCUGCUUAAGCCAGUACAUGUCCAGGCCCGUCUGAAGUUUGCUAGAGUGCAUUUGGAUGAUCCAGAAGAGGAUUUGGAGAAUGUCAUAUGGUCAGAUGAAACCAAAAUAGAACUUUUUGGUAAAAACUCAACUCGUCAUGUUUGGAGGACAAAGAAUGCUGAGUUGCAUCCAAAGAACACCAUACCUACUGUGAAGCAUGGGGGUGGAAACAUCAUGCUUUGGGGCUGUUUUUCUGCAAAGGGACCAGGACGACUGAUCCGUGUAAAGGAAAGAAUGAAUGGGGCCAUGUAUCGUGAGAUUUUGAGUGAAAACCUCCUUCCAUCAGCAAGGGCAUUGAAGAUGAAACGUGGCUGGGUCUUUCAACAUGACAAUGAUCCCAAACACACCACCCGGGCAACGAAGGAGUGGCUUCGUAAGAAGCAUUUCAAGGUCCUGGAGUGGCCUAGCCAGUCUCCAGAUCUCAACCCCAUAGAAAAUCUUUGGAGGGAGUUGAAAGUCCGUGUUGCCCAGCGACAGCCCCAAAACAUCACUGCUCUAGAGGAGAUCUGCAUGGAGGAAUGGGCCAAAAUACCAGCAACAGUGUGUGUAAAUGUUUGACCUGUGUCAUUGCCAACAAAGGGUAUAUAACAAAGUAUUGAGAAACUUUUGUUAUUGACCAAAUACUUAUUUUCCACCAUAAUUUGCAAAUAAAUUCAUAACAAAUCCUACAAUGUGAUUUUCUGGAUUUUUUUUUCUCAUUUUGUCUGUCAUAGUUGACGUGUACCUAUGAUGAAAAUUACAGGCCUCUCUCAUCUUUUUAAGUGGGAGAACUUGCACAAUUGGUGGCUGACUAAAUACUUUUUUCCCCCACUGUAUAUGGAUGGCAAAUGUGAGUAACUUUGUUCUCUCCCGCUGUAGUUCAUGAACCAGACCCGUCAGGGCAUGGGCAUCAAGAUGGAGAAUGCCCCUACAGGAAACCCUGCGAUACGGCCCGGGAUGGAGCCCGGCAUGGACGGUCAGGUACACCCCUUCCACAUCAUGCUCCAUUAAAUCAACAUCUGGUAGGGUAGACCACCUCACACACACUGAUGAAACCCAUGCUGUUGCCAUGCAGUACUUGCAGUCAUAUCAGUGUUUUCCCCUGUCUGCUUGGUCAGCCUGGCUUCCUGAAUGCUCAGAUGAUGGCUCAGCGCAGCAGAGAGAUGAUGACCCUACAGAUGAGGAGACAGAGGAUGAUGAUGAUAAUGCAGCAGCAACAACAGCAGCAGCAACAGGCUGCAGCAGGAGGCUUCAGCCCCCCACCUAACGUAACGGCCCCUGCAGGCAUGGACAACCCCAUGGCAGGACCCCCCAUGAACCAGCCAGGGCAGCAGCAGUUCACCUACGGCGGAAACUAUGGUGAGCUAUCUGACCUAAAUUCAUAUCCAUUUAUUUACUAGCCUUGAUGAGUCUCCUCCAUUGACUAUUCUCUAAAAUAGAAGGCUCUGUACUCCCAACUCUUUCCCCCAUUCAUACCCUUCUGACCAGGAGUUUUUCCAUCCAUGGGGGUUGUAACGUAAACUGUCUUCCUCUCUUUCUAACUGUUAUUUCUAACACAGAAUUUACAAUGCAGACAUGAAAUGAUAAGACUUGUGGCUGUGCCUAUAGGAAUGAACCAGCAAGGAGACCCCUCGUUUGUAGGCACAGGCAGCAGCCUGCCCAGCAACAUGAUGCCAGGUCGCAUGGGAGGACCUCAGAAUCCCAUGAUGCAACAACAGCCCCAAGGCAGCCCCAUGUACCAGUCAGCAGACAUGAAAGGCUGGCCACAGGGUGGCAUGGCACGGAACAAGUAUGUCUGAUACACUGAUAUAAUGGCAAAAAACACACUCCAUUACUUCCUGUUCUAUCUCCAUCUACUUUGUUCUUUAUACUUCUCUGUAUUUCUCUGUCUUUCAGCUCAUACCCCCAGCAGCAGUUCACCCAGCAGGGGAACCCAGGCCAGUUUGGGGGGCCCAUGAUGAUGAACGGCUCCAUGGGCGGGCCAGGCCCAGUCAGUGGUGCUGCUGGAGCACAGAUGGGCCAGAUGCAGGGGCAAAUGUCUGGACAAAUGCAGGGGCAAAUGUCUGGACAAAUGUCUGGGCAAAUGUCUGGACAAAUGUCUGGGCAAAUGCAGGGGCAAAUGGCUGGGCAAAUGCAGGGGCAGAUGGGCAUGAACUCCAUGGGAUUGGGCCGAAUGCCAAUGGGACCUGAACAGGUAAAUAGUUUGUCAUUUGUCAGUAAAUCAAGAUAGUUAUAAAAUGUCAUAACUUCCCAGUAGUUAUUUGAUAGCUCAGGCUGAACUGUGUGAAUUUAUUGUAACAUUAGCCUACAUUUUGUGUCAUUUACAGAAAUAUUGCUGAAAAUGUAUGUAAUCAAUAAGAGCCUUCAUCCGGAAGGCAGCAGAGACUGCAGUGCCCCAGCAGAGACUGAGAGCCUGGCCAGGGGCCACCAGACACAGCUCCAAGAUCUGCUCCCGCCACUGUUCUCAGCCCUGUGUGUAGAGAGACUCGUAAGAAGCCACAGUGAGACUGAGUGACAGAAAUAAAGACACCUAAUGCAGCCUCUCACUGUAGGCUUGCCUCUCUCUGGAGGACUGUGUGAGUGACUUAGUUCAAGAAAACGCCCUGCUUUCUCUUCCUGUAACCUGUGGGAGUGUGAUCGGCGUUAACCUGUGGGAAUGUGAUCGGCGUACUGCCUUCUACACCAGAGGAGGCCUCAUCGUGUGUGUGUGUGUAAGGGGUGUAUUCAGUAGUCGGAUUCCAUUGCGAAACAUUUUGCAACAGAAACCGUUUACAUUUUACUCUUGGAACCAAAGGGAACAGUACUGGGAGGGACCUACCUGAAUUUGUCCAAUAGAAACUCUUGUUUUUGUUGCAAAAGGUUUUUCGUUUGGAGUAAACGGUUUCCAUUUCGAAGCGUUUUGCAAUGGAAACCGACUAAUGAAUAACACCCCUUGACCACUGGAGCUAGCUGUCAUACAGUAUACAGUAUCAACACUGGGAAACAGAAUCUAUUUGGAAACAGGAUGGGAUACGGUACAACUAGCUAUGGCUGCACUUUACCAGAAGGCUUCUAUGUAAAAGGUUUGUUGCAAUAUUUCUUAGUCAUUAUAGCCUUACCAGAGAUUCAAUGCAUUCACAGCAUUGGUUUUCUUUUCCUUUUAUCCUUUGGAUGUGCCUCAUUUUGUUUUUAAAUCAUCAGGAGCUG